UUUACUUAUCUCUUUNUUCUCAUUUUCUUGAUUUCUUUUCUCCUAUUUUGUCCUCUCUCCAAAACAUACACAUAUAUUACAUUUGUUUCUUCCCUUUUUAGGCCCAUUUCACAUCUCACAUCCAACCAUAAAGCUUCUCUGGGUAUUUUCCAUAUUUGCUAGCAAAUCCUUCUUUUAACCAAUCUCUCUUUAUCUCUCUACUUAAAUAUAUAUACAUACAUACUUGCUUCUUGCUUCCUUUUAUUUUCCAUCAAUCACUUGGUUUGGCAAAUUUUCAUCUUCUUGCUCACAGAUUUCAGAAGGGGAAAAAAAAAUCAGUGUGAAAAUGGUUAGAGGAAAAACCCAGAUGAGGCGUAUAGAAAACGCCACAAGCAGGCAAGUCACCUUCUCAAAGAGGAGAAAUGGUCUGCUAAAGAAGGCCUUUGAGCUCUCAGUCCUUUGUGAUGCUGAGGUGGCACUCAUAAUCUUUUCUCCUAGAGGCAAACUCUAUGAAUUUGCUAGCUCCAGCAUGCACGAGACAAUAGAACGCUACCAAAAGCACGCGAAAGAGAUUCAAGCUACCAAUCUUUCAGUGGAACAAAACACACAGCACUUAAAGCAUGAAGCAGCAAGUAUGAUGAAAAGGAUAGAGCAACUUGAAGCAUCAAAGCGGAAAUUACUUGGGGAAGGUUUGGGAACAUGCUCCAUUGAAGAACUGCAGCAGCUCGAACGGCAGUUAGAGCGUAGUGUUAAUGUCAUACGUGCAAGAAAGGAAAGAGCUUUAGCUGCUGAAAAUGCCUUGCUUUGUGAGAAGUUCGGUAUAGAAGCACAAAGAAGAGAAUCGAAGGACGAAAGGGUAAUUGGGACUUCUGCAGAAAUCAGCGAAAUAUCGGAUGUGGAGACCGAUUUAUUCAUUGGUCUGCCCGAGAUGAGGAACAAACGUACCUUCCCAAAAUGA